ACAUUUUUAAAUGCCCUUUAGUGUUGACUGUGUGCGGUGUAUUUAUUAUUCUUGUGCAACCGAUUCUUCCGCGAAUCAUUGGUAUGCUUUUGUGUAUAAACACGUCUCAGUCGCAUAACACAUUUUGGAUUUCUGAAUACUUUGUCGAGCAAGACAGGUACUUCUACUUAAUUUUGCUGUACGUGAAUGCAGCGUUUUGUAUAGGAAUGUUUACGAUAGCAGCGACAGGAUCGAUGCUCUUGGCUCUUCUCAAACAUGCCUGUGGAAUAUUUAGCGUUGCUAGUUAUCGUCUUGGACAAAUUAUGACAACUGAUGCACGGCGAAAUCAUUUAACGCAUAAGCUUACGAUUAAGAAAAGGAUUAUUCAUGCCGUAGACAUUCACUGCAAAGCUAUGGAGUAUUCUGAAUUCUUAAUUUCUAAUUUUGAGGGAUCAUUUUUCUUGCUAAUUAUAUUUGGCGUGCUUUGCUUGAGUUUUAAUCUUUUUCGAAUUUUUCAGCUUGUAUCAACGACAAACAACAUGUACGAGUUUUCUAUGCGUGUAUUAUGUGCAUCGGCAGUUAUUAUCUACAUGUUUAUGGCCAACUAUAUCGGACAGCAAAUUGUGGAUCACAAUGAACAUGUACAUUUUACUGCAUAUAACGUUCAAUGGUACACAGCGUCCCUGGAUGUGCAAAGAAUGAUACUGUUUGUAUUGCAAAGAGGUAGCAGAAUCUUUGGCUUGCAUGUAGGUGGGCUUUUUGUAGCGUCCCUAGAAUGUUUUGCCGCGGUAAAAUAUUUACUGGAACAACUCCAGGAAAUCUGUAAUGAGCUAAAAGAUGAGAAUGAAAUUGCAAUUAUAAAAAAAUACGGCGAUAAGGCGAAACAUGUUACUGUUUUUCUUACGUUGUUAAUCGUGUGCACUCAAGUUAUUAUUAUUGUUCAGCCAAUUUGGUCUCGCAUUCUUGGAAUUUUUCUGUUCUUGAAUGAAUCUCGGUCACGUGGCGAAAUGUUCAUUGUGACAGAAUACUUUGUAGAUCAACAAAAAUAUUCUCACUUAGUUUUGCUGCAUAUAAAUGUAGCUAUUUGCAUAGGGUUAUUUGCAAUGAUUGCAACAGGAACGAUGCUUCUGGUGUUUCUCAAACAUGCUUGCGGAAUGUUUAGCAUCGCCAGUUAUCGUAUUAAACGAGCAAUUGCGAAUAAUAUGCCACAAAAUACUAAUCUAUCGGACCAGAGUAUAAUUUGUAAGAAGAUAAUCUGUGCGGUAGACAUUCAUCGUAAAGCUAUGCAAUACUCCGAUUUUUUAAUAUCCAGCUUUGAAGGAUCGUUCUUCCUUUUAAUUGCGUUCGGCGUGACUAGUAUGAGUCUUAAUCUUUUCCGACUUUUUCAGCUUGCAUUGUCCGGAGAUAACAAACAGGAACUUUUAGUACGUUUUAUAUGUGCAAUUCUUAUUCUCUUAUACAUGUUCUUAGCCAACGAGAUCGGACAGGAAAUUACAGAUCAUAAUGAUCAAAUAUAUUUUACAGCAUACAUAGUUCGGUGGUAUACAGCGCCCUUACAUGUGCAAAAACUGAUAUUAUUUCUGAUACAAAGGGGUAGUAAACCCUUUGGGUUGCAUGUGGGUAGACUAUUUGUCGCAUCUUUAGAAUGUUUUGCAACGUUAGCGAGUGCAUCAAUAUCUUAUUUUACCGUUAUGUAUUCUGUACAAAAGACAUACAAUACACCUAUCAUAUAAUAAUAUAUUGGAAUGUAGUAGGUAAGGAUGACAAAUUUUCAACUAUAUUCUUAAU